AUGACGACAGCGCCGACCCCUCGCAGCCCCCUCUCGCCGCUGCUGGAGACCCGGGGCGCGGCCUCCUGCGACGAGCGCACCGACGCCUACCUGACGCUCACCAGUCGUAUGACUGGAGAAGAUGGAAAAGAACUCAUUGCAGAAAUUGAGAAAAAACUCCCUCGACUCUACAAGGUUUAAGAGUCAAAUAUUAAGGAACUUCCUUCAAAUCUGAAUGAUGUUGUUAAGAGUUUAGACAAAAAUGUACGCACUCGGGCUCUCUGGGUGAUAUCUAAGCAGACAUUUCCCCCCGAAGUUGUUGGCCAAGUAGUACCUGAUAUAAUUGAUUCUUUAGAACUGAUACUUAAUAAAGGAGAGGUACAUUCUGCUGUUGUUGAUUAUGAAGCAUUAAAUGUCAUCAUCAGAUUAAUAGAACAAGCUCCAGUUCAAAUGGGAGAAGAAUCUAUCAGAUGGGCGAAACUGGUCAUACCUUUAGUUGUUCAUUCAGCACAAAGGGUACAUCUGCGGGGAGCAACUGCUUUAGAGAUGGGAAUGCCAUUGUUGCUUCAGAAGCAACAAGAAAUAGCAUCUAUCACGGAGCAGCUUAUGACUACUAAAUUACUUUCAGAACUCCAAACACUAUUCAUGACUAAAAAUGAGACUUAUGUAUUAAAAUGAUGGCCUUUAUUUGUUAGACUUCUUGGGAAGUCCUUGCAUCGAAGUGGAAGUUUUAUUAAUUCUUUAUUACAGCUGGAAGAGCUGGGAUUUCGAAGUGGAACACCUAUGAUUAAAAAAAUUGCUUUUAUUGCUUGGAAAAGUUUAAUAGAUAAUUUUGCUUUAAAUCCAGGUGCUUCCCCGUUUGGAUCCCCUGGAACUACCCAAAUUAACCUCAGUUCAAGUUUUGGUGGAAUGGCUACAAUUCCAUCCAUUCAACUUUUGGGUCUUGAAAUGUUGCUUCAUUUUUUGUUGGGUCCUGAAGUUUUAAACUUUGCUAAGAAGAACAAACUUGUACUGAGCUUAGAGCCCCUAGAACAUCCUUUAAUCAGCAGCAGCUCUUUUUUUUCUAAACAUGCAAGUACACUUAUCUCUGCUGUUAAUGAUAGCUUUGUUACAGUUGGAAAAGAUGCUUCUGAUGUAAUAAUCAAUGCAAUUUGGAAGGAACUAAUUAAUUUGGUUAAGUCCGUUAUUGAAUCAGGUAACAAGAGAGAGAGACCAGGUUCUGAAGUUUUGACCCUCUUAUUGAAAUCUUUGGAAAGCAUAGUGAAGUCAGAAGUAAUUCCUGUAUCUAAAACAUUGGUCCUCAUGGAAAUUACCAUUAAAGGACUUCCACAGAAAGUAUUAGGUUCACCAGCUUAUCAGGGAACUCCUGCUUUGUUCUUAAUUCAGUUGAUUUUCAACAAUCUUUUGGAAUAUUGUAUGACAGAUGAAAGGUUUUUCCUCAAUUUGGAAACACUUGUAAGCUGUGUCCUUUCUGGUCCAACUUCACCACUGUCUUUUACUGACUCUGUUAUAAGUGUUAUUAGUCAAAAUGCCAAGCAUUUGGAAAAUAAGGAGCAUCUCUGGAGAAUGUGGAGUAUUAUAGUGACCCCCUUAACGGAAUUGAUUAAUCAGGUCACUAUGAAAACCUUACUUAAAACUUGGUCAGAACUAUAACUAUAUAGAGCCUUUGCCCGCUGUGCUGCUUUGGUGGUAACAGCAGAAGAAAAUUUGUGUUGUGAAGAACUUUGUUCCAAGAUAAUGUCCAGUUUAGAAGAUAAAGACUUUUCGAACUUGUUAUUCUUGGAUAGGAUUACUCAUAUUAUGAAUGUAAUUGUAGAUUGCAUUGACUUCUCACCAUACAAUAUUAAAUAUCAACCUCAAAUUAAAUCACCACAGAGACCUUCAUCAGAUUGGUCAAAAAAGAAGAAGGAGCCCUUAGGGAAAUUGACCUCUUUAUUUAAACUUAUUGUGAGGAUGAUAUAUUCUUUCAACUCGUUGAGCCUCAAGGAAGUACAUUCUGAUACUCUGCUCACUAUUGGCAAUUCAAUCAUCAGCAUUCUUUCCAGUGUACUUGGACAUAUUUCUUUGCCUUCUAUGAUCCGAAAAGUAUUUGCAACCUUAGCAAAACCUCUGGUGUUAUUCUAUGACAACUCAAAGCUUGAUGAAGUUCCUAAAGUGUAUAGUUCAAUGAACAAUAAGUUAGAGAAGCUACUAGGAGAAAUUAUUACUUGUCUGCAUGUCAGCUACACUGGAACUUAUGAUAGUGAACUUCUUGAACAAAUCUCCCCAUUAUUAUGCAUAAUAUUUUCGCACAAGAAUAAACAGAUACGAAAACAGAGUGCCCAGUUUUGGAAUGCCACGUUUGCUAAAGAGACAUUGAUUUAUCCUGAAGAAUUAAAACCAAUAUUGAGACAAGUCAAACAGAAAAUUCUUCUUCUAUUGCCUGGUUUGGAAAAUAUUGAAGUUACGGAGGAAUCCAUUGAGCCAUAUUCAGAUGCAACAGAAAAUUCACAAUUGAAUAUGAAGAUAAGUGGCAUGGAAAGAAAAUCAAGUGGAAAAAGAGAUUCCUUUUUAGAAACUACCAAGGAAACAAAAGAAAAUGUGAAACCAUCACCCAAAUUGAAGCUAGAAUCUGCAUCUCCUAAAACAAAGAAUGAAAAGCCCUUGGAAGAAGAAAAGUCUACAGACUUUGUAUUUAUACCUCCUGAAGGAAAAGAACCCAAAGAAAGAAUAUUAACUGAGCACCAGAAAGAAGUACUCAAAACAAAGCGGUGUGAUAUUCCUACCAUGUAUAACAAUUUGGAUGCUUCACAAGACACUUUAUUUUCUCAGUAUUCUCAGGAAGAGUCUAUGGAAAAAGCUACUGUAACCGAAAAGCCAAAAAAAGGUUCCGAGACAUUUAAGGAGGAUCAUAUGGAGACUGACAUUCGUCAAGGUGUCAUGGAAAACUGUGGUUCGACGUGUCUCCUUUGCAGAUCCAAUAUACCAAGCAGGAUUGGCAGACGAUAUUGA